UACUAAAACAAAAUGAAGAAACAGAAAGUCUACAUGAACUAUUACCAAAAUUCUGGAACAUUGAAGAGAUUCCAAACAAAACAUGCCUUACUAAUACAGAAAAGGCCUGUGAACAACAUUUUGUAUCCAAUACCACUCGAUUGUCAAGUGGAAGGUUUUGUGUUCAACUUCCACUCAUUGAUACACCAGAUUGUUUAGGUGAUUCUUAUUCCAUGGCUAAGCAGCGAUUUCUAAAUUUAGAAAAGCGUUUUAGGAGAAAUCCGCAGAUCAAAGAACAAUACGUCGAAUUUAUUCGCGAAUAUGCUGCGCUUGGUCAUUUAGAAGUUCUUCCUAUAACUAAACCACCUGAACUAUCCUAUUUUUUGUGUCAUCAUGCUGUAUUCAAAGAGACAAGCGAGUCGACGAAAAUUAGAGUCGUCUAUGACGGAUCUGCCCCUACCCCUUCAGGCUACGCACUCAAUGACAUUCUGAUGGUGGGGCCAAAUAUCCAGGAUUCACUCUUUGCAAUUCUAAUUCGAGCCAGACAAUAUAAAUUUUUACUAACAGCUGACAUCGAAAAAAUGUAUCGGCAAAUUGCAUUACAUGACGAUAAUCAAAAUCUCCAAUUAAUUUUAUGGCGAGAACAUGAAUCGGAACCAAUUAAAAUAUUGCGUCUAAAAACCGUAACGUACGGUCUAGCAAGUUCAAGUUUCUUAAGCACACGUUGUCUUUGGCAAUUAGGACACGAGUGUACAGACAAAUCAAUCGAAACAAUAAUUAAAAAUGAUUUCUAUGUCGAUGAUCUCAUUACCGGAGCUAACACCGAGGAUGAACUGACACACAUUCAAAAUUCGGUAUCCAAUACUCUUAAGUCUGGAUGCUUCAACCUUCGGAAAUAUCGAUCCAAUUCUAAAUCAAUUUUGAAUGCCAUAAAUCCAGAAGAAAAAUUAAGCAUUAGCUCCUCCACUUCCACUUUAGGACUUGGGUGGACUCCGGGGAAUGACAAACUUCAGAUAUCAUUCCAGAUCCCUGACAAAUCAUCAAAGGUAACCAAACGUUUAAUCUUGUCAUUUACAUUCAAAAUUUUUGAUCCAUUGGGUUUGAUAAGUCCAUGUGUCAUUUUACCUAAAAUGCUAUUGCAGUCUCUAUGGCUUCAAAAAAUUGAUUGGGACGAUCCCGUACCCAGAGACAUACAACAUGCUUGGGAUGAAUUUUCCAAUACAUUGCCAAGUCUUGCAAAUUUCGAAGUUCCUCGAAACGUACUUUGUGACAAUCCUACAACAAUAGAACUUCAUUCAUUCAGCGAUGCUUCACAAGGUGCGUACGGGACUUGCAUUUACAUACGAUCCAUCAACAAUGAAGGUAUCAGCGUAAGAUUAUUAUGCUCUAAAUCUAAAGUAUCUCCAAUGAAACCAACUACAAUACCUCGUUUAGAGCUCUGUGGAGCUCUCCUGGCGGCUAAAUUAUCCAAAACCGUCGUUGAAUCUCUUCGAUGCUCGGUUUCGCGUCAGGUGCACUGGUGUGACUCCACAGUGGUUCUUGGAUGGCUUAAUACUAACUGUCGAAAAUUAAAAACAUUUGUGGCGAAUAGGGUCGUGGAGAUAUCCGAAACAACAGAUAUAUCUUCAUGGCGCUACGUGCCCACUGCACUUAAUCCUGCAGACUAUAUUUCUAGGGGCGUUACUCCUAUGGAUAUAGUAUCUAGGCAGAUGUGGUGGCAUGGUCCCGAGUUCUUACAAAACCCAGAAUCAAAAUGGCCUGUUCUUCCAUCGCAACGCGUUGAGGAGAACUUACCAGAAACUAAAAGCCUUUCAGCUGCGAUAGUAGACAUUCCAGAUUCUAUUAUAGAAUUUGAACGUUACUCAAAAUUAUCAAAAUUACAGAGAACUUUUGCAUACAUAAAACGGUUUAUUCAUAAUCUACGACACAAAACAAACAAACUCACAGGCAGUUUAUCCUUAGAAGAAUUAAAUGAUGCAUUUUCAAAUCUUUGUGCCAUAGCUCAAGAACAAUCUUUUCCAAAGGAAUUUAAAUUAUUAGCAAGUGGAAAGCCAAUUAGCAAUAAUUCUAAUAUUAUAUCAUUGACACCUUUCUUUGAUAAGGAUGCUAAAUUAAUACGAGUUGGUGGCAGAAUUAACAAUUCUAACUAUGAUUUCAACAAAAAACAUCCUAUUUUGCUACACUCAAGUCAUCAUCUUACUAAAUUAAUUUUCGAACAAUACCACCUUCGUCAUAUGCAUGCUGGACCACAGCUAUUGCUUGCAUCUAUCCGUGAAUCAUUAUGGCCAGUUAACGGCAGACGCCUUGCUAGAAACACAUUUCAUAACUGCGUAACAUGCAAGCGCCAUCAAGGGAAAGCAAUCUAUCCCAUAAUGGGUAACUUACCCAUCCAAAGAAUUACACCUGACUUUCCAUUCAAAACUGUGGGAAUAGACUUUGCUGGUCCAUUCUAUAUCUCUAACAAGAAGGGUCGUGGGUCCAGAGUCAUUAAGGCAUAUUUGUGUUUAUUUGUAUGCCUAAGAUUCAAAUGUUUACAUUUAGAAGCUGUCAGUGACCUAACCAAAGAAGGUUUUUUACAAGCGCUACGCCGAUUUUCGUCUAGACGUGGAAAACCUGCGGAAAUUUUUUGCGAUAACGCGGGAAAUUUUGUCGCGGCAGCUAAGGAAAUAGGCAACUUUUUAAAGGCCAAUAAACAAACUAUCAUUGACUCUGCAACUGAAGAACAAAUUAAAUUCGUAUUCUCACCCACGUAUAGUCCCCACUUUGGUGGCAUUUUUGAGGCUGGUGUCAAAUCCGCUAAAUACCACAUCCGUCGCGUCAUGGGUAACACCCAUCUAAAUUUUGAAGAAUUAGGAACAUUAUUCACUCAAGUCGAGGCUAUUUUAAAUAGUAGACCUUUAUGUCCCCUGACAUCCAAUCCUACCGACUACCUCUCCUUAACUCCGGGGCACUUUCUGAUAGGGCGUCCACUUACUUCGUUGCCAUCACCUUCGCUACAAGAUUACAAUCCAAAUCGCCUUCGACGCUAUGAAAGACUCGAACAAAUUCGCCAGCACUUUUGGCAGCGAUGGCAAAAGGAAUACAUCGCAGAACUUCAGCAGCGAUCAAAAUGGAGAACGAAUUCAGCAAAACUAAAAGAAGGAGAUCUAGUACUUCUAAUAGAGGACAACUUACCUCCACUAUGCUGGAAGCUUGGAAGAGUUUCCCGAUUAUUUCCCGGAUCAGAUGGAGUAUCACGCGUCGCUGAAGUAACUACAUCCAAAGGCACCUUCAGAAGACCAUACGUAAAACUUUGCCCACUACUUACCUGUGAAGAUCCAGAAAGUUGAAAGCUGCACUUUCCACGGAGGGGAGGAUGUUAAAGCGCCUACAGCUUUUUCUCGGCAAAUGCACUUUGUUGCGAAUAGUUUUAAUAAUGUUGACAAAGACCAUAAAUAAUUGUUUAUCCUAAGAGUAUUUUUGUAUUGUAUAUAUUUUAAAUAGAAAUUAAUUAACUACAUAACUAACAUAUAUUUCAUGUAUUAAACUCAAAUCUUACUUAUCUAAAAUCAUAAAUUCGUUAUCUGUUUGAAAUGUCAGUUCAUAUAACAUAUUUUCUUUAACAACCCUCAAUUUUAUAUAUUUCUAGAUUGUCAUUUUUACGUUUUUAUAAUUUUUUUUUGUUCUCUUCUCUUUGUUAAAACCAAAACGGUCUGCGCGCCAAUAAAUUCAUUUUUAGAAGAAAUAUCUUUAAUUUAUCAUCCAC